AUGGCUGGCCGCGUACAACCAUUUCUUGAUUCUCUUGGCCCAGAAGUGGAGGAUCCCGAAGAAGAGGCGUUUCUGUUGUUCUCUCAAACCAUCCCAUCCCAGAAUCUCGGAUUCGUAGAUUCAAAGGCAACUGAAAUAGAUUUUACGAUUAAUGGUAGAGAUCUCACAAUUUAUCAAUCACCUACAAUCUUAUCAUCAAAUCGUGAUGGGGGAACUACUGGAGCAGUAAUAUGGAAAAUCACCCCCCUUUUCGCAAAAUGGAUAUCCUCAUCUACAAAUCCACUCCUCCAGCAUCAGAUAAUCACCCCUGAUUCAGUAGUCCUUGAAUUGGGUUGUGGGAUAUCCGGUCUAAUCGCCCUUACUCUAUCACCCCUUCUCCAAACAUACAUCCUCACAGACCAACCAUAUGUUCUCAAAUUUCUCUCUCAAAAUCUUUCUUCCAACUUUUCAUCAUCACCAAGUACAACAAACUCCAAAUCCAAGUCCCGAAAAUCCAAAACCUCAUCGUCAACAUCCACAUCUACAUCAACAACCCAACAAACCUCAACCAACAAAAUCAUUCCUCUAACCCUCGACUGGGAAACCGACGUCGUCUCCCCCUCUCUCACCUGCUCAGAAACCACCACCAGCUUCGAUACAAUCAUUGCGUGUGAUUGUAUCUACAACGACGCAUUAAUCCCACCUUUCGUCCAAACAUGUGUCGAUCUCUGUCGUCUCCGUUCCACAUCUUCAUCUGCAAAAGAUCAAGAUCAAACAGAAACCAGUACUCCCACUCUCUGCGUCAUCGCUCAACAGCUCCGUUCUCCGGAUGUCUUUGAAUCCUGGCUUAAGGAAUUCAACAAAUUCUUCAGAGUGUGGCGUGUACAGGAGGGAGGUAUUCAAGAGUGUGGGUUAGGAGAAGACUCGGGCUUUGUGGUGCAUAUUGGGAUUUUGAGGUAG